CUUCAACUCCAUCCAUCCAUCGCUUGCAUCUCCAGCCCAGCUUCUGGAACCCUCCCGGCUUAACUCUUAACUCCCACAUCCUUAUCAUCCUCCGUCCGCUAAGAGUCCCCGGUGCAACUCUCACUCUCGCUCUCGUCCUCGCCGCGUCCGCGUCCGCUGCCACGAUCGCGACCGUCGUCCUUUGUUGCACCAACGCGCGCGCGCUCUCUCGUCCCUGAGCCGACGGAACGAAUCCAUCGCCGAGUCUCCCUACGCGACCUUCACGAUGCCCAUGUGCGGUGGAACAAAGUCUGUGCAGCGCAAGCUGGUGCUGCUCGGUGACGGUGCAUGCGGCAAGACCUCAUUACUUAAUGUAUUCACAAGAGGUUACUUUCCAACAGUAUACGAGCCUACAGUAUUUGAGAACUACGUACACGAUAUCUACAUCGACAACACACACGUCGAGCUUAGUUUAUGGGACACCGCUGGACAGGAAGAAUUCGACAGGCUACGAUCGCUGAGCUACGAUGACACCCACGCGAUCAUGCUUUGCUUUUCGGUCGAUUCACCAGACUCGCUCGAGAACGUAGAAACGAAAUGGGUCGGCGAGAUAGCAGAGAACUGCCCUGGUGUUAAGCUCGUUCUGGUUGCACUCAAGUGUGACCUGCGGAAAAAAGAAGAUGACGACGCGGAUGACCAACAGCCCGAGAAGCCAUGUAUCGACUAUAAUGAGGGUCUUCGCGUAGCAGAGAAGAUCAAGGCUCUGCGAUACUUGGAAUGCUCUGCCAUGAAGAACCGAGGUGUCAACGAGGCUUUUACCGAAGCCGCCCGUGUGGCUCUGCAAGUCAAGACUAGCAAAGACAAGAGCGGCGGUUGUACCAUCCUAUAGGCCGAUGACACCCUCUCGCUAUCCUUCCUGAACACAACCCUACUACUACAAAGUACUGGCUCUGGUCGCACGCUAUCAGCACCUCGACGGAAGUACACGACACCCAGCUCCUGUCAUCACACCAUUUUCACUGUAUUCGCGUCGCCCAACUUCCUCUUCGUACUUUCACCCUAUCGCUAGUUCUGUGCUUCUUGGGAAAAGGUGGCAAACUGUUUGAUGUCGGUCCAAGUCCAGCUGGAUGA